AUGGCCAUCCAGACUUCUAUCCUCACCAUCGUCCUGCUGGUCAUCAUCCCGCUCUAUAUCAUCUACAAACCGCCGAAAUUCGUAAUCGGCUACUUUGCCAGGAGCUUUCCCGAGGUCUUGUUUCAGGUGGACACCACCAAGAAGAUUGUGGCCCUGACUAUUGACGAUGCGCCAAGUCCAUAUACGCGGCCAAUCUUGGACAGCUUGAAGGCCAAUGAUGCGACUGCUACCUUCUUUGUCAUUGGGAACCAAGUGCCCGGGAAUGAAGAUAUUCUCAAGGACAUCCUCGCGUCUGGAAGCGAACUGGGAAACCAUGCUAUGCACGACGAGCCGAGCAUCUCACUGCCAAGCGAAGAGCUGCAAGCCCAGAUCAAGCAAGUUGAUGGAUACAUUGACAAGGCUUACGAAGGUCUCGACUACCAACGCUCCACCUACCACUUCCGCCCCGGCUCUGGAAUCUUCAGUCGAAGGAUCUUGGACGUCGCGAUCAGAGCAGGAUACAGGACCAUUCUGGGUAGCAUAUAUCCACACGACCCGUUCAUCGGCGUGUGGUGGAUCAAUGCAUACCAUAUCUUGAGUAUGCUCAGACCCGGCGCAGUCAUCAUCUGCCACGACCGUCGGUCUUGGACCGUUCCAAUGCUGAAUAAGGUCCUUCCGAGAAUGAAGAAGAAAGGCUAUGAGGUGGUUUCCGUGUCAAGAUUUCUGGAAAUGACAAAGAUUUGA